AUGAAAUCAACAUCAGCGCUUGGCGCGAUGAAAUCUGCAGCUGCUCUUGGCGCGCUCGCCUUGGCGGCAUCCGUCGGCGCUUUCGAUUCGGCCGCCUAUUCCAAGCUCCUCCCGACUGCAGCGCCGACAGUGACAACUACCGCCUCGCAGUGCGAGCACCUCAACCUGACCAGCAUGUUCGACGUGCCGCGGCCGACGGGCGUCCUGGGCACGGCGUUCAAAUCGUACGCCAAGUCCCUGACGGAGGACUGCAGCACCCUGUCGCUGGACUUCGAGGCCAAGUUCAAGUGCUCCUUCCCGGAGGCGCCCGCGUGGUGUGGCUUCAGCAGGGCGAUCCCGGCGACGCUGCUGCCGGAGUACACGUCCUUUGCCAGCCAGGGGUCGUCCUGGUGGUCGAACCACAGCACCAGGGUCUACUCGGUUGCCUCAGAGUGCCCGGGUCAGUGGUACAACGGCGGGUUCGCGCCGUUCGGCGCUCUCUUCCUCAACUGGACGGUCGCCUUUGGCGGCGCGUGCGGGCCCGCCGACGUCGGCCCUCUCACGACGGUUUCCGGCGCUAGACCGACGGCGACAUCUACCCCGGGCGCGCCGGGGACCGGGCCUGGUGGAUCGACGGCGGAAACGGGUGCUCCGCGGAGUGGCUGUCUUGGUCGGAUGGAGGGGUUGCAUCCCGCAGUUUUAAUACUUGGUGGACUGAGUGCUGCCGUGAUUAAUAGUAUAUAG